CCUCUCUAGAUAUCAUCAACACCCUGACAAACACUUUACGCUUUCCUUCCUAAGAAUUUGGCUUUCUUUGAUUCAAAUCACAAGCUUUUCAGGAAUUCUACAACCAGUGAACCACCAUGGAGAUGUCACCAUUAACACAAGUCAUAACAAAGAAAACAAGGUCAAAGAAAACCAGAAGAGCGUGGAAGUUGAAGCUUAAUAUCACAUGGCAGGCUAUCAAGAAGGCAGUCAAUGGCCACAUCAAGAAACGUCCCUCUGGUCUGCCAUCCCAUAAAGAUAACAAAUCCACUAACCGAAUCCAUCAAGAGUCAGAUGUAAAGCCCCUUAAAGAUAACAAAUCAAAGAAAAAGGCCUGCCAUCCCAACAAAACACUUUCUCAUCUCUUCCAUGUGCCGUAUACAGCAUUGGAUUUUGUAGACCUAGGAGAUCACAUGACACCUACAAUGUCUCCCAAGCAGAAUAUAUCAGCAAUGUGGCAAGAAAUCCAUGGCUCAAGUAAUUGGGACAACCUUCUUGACCCUCUCCACCCGAAUCUUCGACGAGAAAUUCUCAAAUAUGGAGAAUUUGCUGAAGCCACUUAUGAUGCCUUCGACUUUGAUCCUUUAUCGGAGUAUUGUGGGAGUUGUAGGUACAACCGACAUAAGAUUUUCGAAACGUCAGGCCUCACCAAGCAUGGUUACAAGGUGAAAAGGUACAUUUAUGCCUUGUCCCAUGUCGAUGUGCCUCAAUGGUUAAAGAGGUCACACGCUAUGUGGAGCAAAGAUUCCAAUUGGAUGGGUUAUGUUGCUGUAAGCAGGAAAGAAGAGUCGCAUAGAAUCGGCCGUAGAGACAUAAUGGUCGCAUGGCGGGGCACCAUCUCACCAUCAGAGUGGUUUUCAGACCUCAGGACAGGUCUAGAGCUUAUUGACAACACAAAUGUGAAGGUUCAAGAAGGGUUCCUCGGCAUUUACAAAUCCAAGGAUGAGUCCACCAGGUAUAACAAGUUAAGUGCCUCUGAGCAAGUUAUGCAAGAAGUGGUAAGACUGGUGAAUUUUUAUAGAGGAAAGGGUGAAGAGGUCAGCUUGACGGUUACAGGCCAUAGCUUAGGAGGAGCAUUAGCACUCCUAAAUGCUUAUGAGGCAAAGACUGUCAUUCCGGAUCUGUUUGUUAGCGUCAUUUCUUUUGGCGCACCAAGGGUCGGAAACAUCGCCUUCAAGGAGAAGCUCAACGAGCUAGGAGUCAGGAGCCUACGCGUUGUUGUUAAGCAAGAUAUAGUCCCGAAACUGCCUGGCCUGUUGAACAGGAUGCUUAACAAGUUUCAUGGAUUAACUGGAAAGUUGAACUGGGUUUAUAGGCAUGUAGGGACUCAGUUGAAGCUUGAUGCGUUUACAUCACCAUACUUGAAGCAUGAAUCUGACUUGUCAGGGUGUCAUAAUCUGGAGCUAUAUCUUCACCUGAUAGAUGGGUUUUUGAGCAGAACAUCAAAGCAUAGAUGGAAUGCUAGGAGAGACCUGGCAUUGGUGAACAAGGGUAGUGACAUGCUGAUAGAGGAUCUAAGAAUACCAGAGUUUUGGUACGACUUUCCAUACAAGGGACUCGUGCUGAACAAAUAUGGUAGAUGGGUUAAACCUGGCCGACAGUCCGAAGACAUCCCUUCUCCACUUGGUGUCGAAACACCACCGAAACAUGGUCGCCCUCGCCCAUUUUAGAUUUCGCACUGUCCAAAAUCACAGGUCCAAUUCUUCUGUUCAUAUGUAUAAAGGCGUCAAAUUUAUUUAUUUAUUUUUAACUCGUCUCGAAGAAGUUGUAACUGCUUUGAUUUAUUUUUUACACUUGAAUUUUUUUCUACUGGAAACGUCGUGUU